AUGUCGAGCAAGCGCCCUAUUACCCUGCACUUCUCACGACAGCUAUGUGUGGCUGGCGGUACCGUUCAGGGCGAGGUCGAGCUGAACUUCCCACUCGCACAGGAAGACGACAUCGAGGAGGUCCAUGUGAAGCUUAGUGGUUCCGUAAAAACCAACAUCUAUCGGAAUAACACCAUGAUCAGGGAGUCGGUGCACCUGUUACGGGAAGACAGGGUUCUUUGGCGACGAGGCACAGCGUAUCCUCCGCCGGGCUCUCACACGCUGAGCUUUCCAUUCGAGUUCGCGCUUCCCACGCACCUCCCACCGUCCUUCCAUUUCAACGGUUUCAACGUCGGUGGCUCGGUUUCCUACGAGCUUGAAGUGGUUGGUGUCCGCCGGGGAACGUUCCAUUGGAACAGACGGAUGCAAGUCCCUCUCGCGGUUGUACCGUCCGAUACAACAGGACACUCUCUGCGAACUGCGGUGCAGAAUGGCUGGAGGGGUGCGUGGGCAACGUUGACGAGAGAAGAACGGGUCCGUAAGGGCGUCUGGGGCGAUCAUGCCCAUGUGAAGAUGAUCCUGCGACUUCCUGAUCUGAUACAGUUUCCGCUGUUUACCCCCAUUCCCUUCUCGAUCAGGAUCGUCACGAUUUCAAAGCCCAUGAAACGAGAAAACACGCCGGAAGAUAAGCCGAUCUUCCCUACCCCGCCGCAGUAUCCCGAAGAGAUCCAGUUUGAGUUGAGGCGCAGCGUGUACGUUCGUGCCCAUGCAUUUGAUUCGCGCUUGGGGGAGCGAGCGCCAUUUGCGUCUGGGUUGACGGUGGAUAGCAGCUCCCUGGAGUCGACUCGCCUGGAAAACGUUUGGAUUCCUUCGGACGAUAAAGAGAAGGGGACGUGGAAACAGGAAGUGACCUUCUCCUCGAAGUUUGUUCUUAGAUGUCCCCCGACAUUCCAAACUCGUAUUCUGAAGAAUGAGUAUCGGUUGCAGGUCCAGCUGAAUUUUGGCGGCUUGUUCAACAAGCUGUAUGCCGACUUCCCUAUCAGAGUCGUUUCAGGACUACUUCCGUCCUCAGUUCAGACGGAUUUUGCCUCGCUCUCGUCGUCUACUGAAGGCACAUCAUCGUCAGGCGGUAAUAGGACGACAUUGGAUCUUCCCCCGUCCUACUGGGCAACUAAUGAUUGGCAUGACAGCAAAGAGGACAGCGAGUAUGACGGCUACGAGGCAAAAUAA